AUGCAACUGUCGAAAUUUCCGUAUUUGGUCCAAAGGGAGAUCUUUGACAACAUGACAAAUUUCAAUCUAUUCUGGUUGUCUUUCGUGUCAAAAAAUAUGAAAACUUUGAUAAAAUCCUCUCAAAUUGUGAGAUUCAAAAGCAUCAUCCGUGUCAUGUACCAAAGUGCUUUUGUAGACAAACGUAUUGUUUCCAUUCCCUUUAAGACGCAAAGUAUUAUGGGAACAGGAGAUAAUCUGAGAAUGGAAGAAAUCAUGGGAAUUUACGAUCACCACGAGGAAUCUGAAAAUGAUUAUUUUCAACUGAAUGUAUCUGGGAAAAUGAUUGAUUUUCGGUGA